CGGAGGGAGAAGUCCACAAGAAAACGGGCUCGAGAGCGGUUCACGCCAAUUGGCCAUCCUCCUAUUAUUAGCCAAGUCAGGACGCUGCUAUCAGACGAGGCUCGAACUAGAAAUGACCUCGAGGACCGUUCCUUCCUGGCGUGCCUGUUAGAUGCGAUCGACCCCAUCAACAUUGCGCCAAACCUCAGCUCCAGUUCCUUUUGCGAACUUCUCCUUAACUAGCAUCGAUUCACGGGUACAUUGCUCAACAGUAUGACCAGUCACUGAAUAUCCUCCUCCUGUUCCGCCAACAACAAUUGCAACCAUGGAUCAGCCUACAAACCAGCCGAAACCCUCGCUCAUCCCGCGUCCGUCGAGGUCCUCGAGGCUUCCCGUCCCAAGCUCCACACUUCGGCCUGCUGCUUCCAGAGAAAACCUGCAGCAGUCCCCAAGACAGACCAUAAGCAAUCCCCGUCUGCGAAGUGCCCCAUCUCGAGAACACCUAUCUGCGUCAACCUCCUCGAAACCUCGACUAUCUUCAACACCUACCAGGAAACCUCAAGCUCCAGCUCUACAAACCCGCCAGCGAGAUGCUUCUGCAGAGACCGUCAUAUCCAAGCCGAAGAGCCAGCUUUUCAGAAAAGCUAGUGAAGAUGUGUUGUUCAAAAAGCCCUCGAAGCCGGUAUUACGGGAGGAGUUUGUGAGGCCGGAUUCCACAGAAGAACAUGACCCGCCGCAAGGAAAUGAAACUCUUCCUAUCGAAGAAGAGGAGCAAACAGAGGUCAACGCUCACCGGAAACCCCGUCCGUCGUUAUCAGAGCGAACGAUGGAAACUCUUCAAAACAUACCCUCUUCUCCCGCUAUGCGGAAACGAGGCUCCAGUUUCUUUGCCACGGAAAGUCCAGUGCGGCCCACGUCCAGCGGAACCCAGAAUUCGCGACCGGGGUCUAGCUCUGAUGGUUCAAUGAGACCACCAUCGCGAUCAGUGAGCUCGAGGCCAUCUUCAAGAGCUGGCCCGGCCAGCUCAGUGCCGGUAGAUUUCCGUGCUUCUACGAACACCUUCAGGCCUCCUCAGUCAACUCUCCAAGCUCCUACGCCGCUGAAGCGCCCAGGCAAUGCCAAGUCUCUCAAGACUCCUUCCAGUACUCGGAUCAAUGCUGAACUUGCGGAUAAUACCCAGCAGAGAUCACCGAGUCCAGUCAAACCAAUGGGAGGGCUUCCAACUAUAACAUCCGGAAGCAAGACCCUUUCAUCGCGGCCAUUGAAGCCACGAGCUUCUGUGACCGGACUCUUCCGUAAGCCUUCGAUGCCGGCGUUAGAUCAGUCGAACGAGUUGGAUAGAAUUGGUUAUGUUCCAAAGAAGAAAUCCGCUACUUUGUCAAAUACCUCAUCUGAAGCAGCAUCCUCGACUUCCAAAUCUUCCAAGGCGACGACAGCAAUUACUUCAGGAGAUGAUCAGGAAUCAACUCCAAGAAAGUCGUCUCUUGCACUGCGCGAUCAGAUUGCGAAGGCCAAAGCCGCCAAACGUGCUGCUGCCGCAAAGCAGGCUCCUACAGCUGCUCCGAGUGCCGAAGAAGAAGUGCCUGUCAUUCCAGCGGGUACCUUUGAUUUUGGCUUAUCAGAUGAUCCCUUCAAUCAGCAGAUCAACCAGCAUGGUGCGAAGGGGCUUCUACGGAAACGAAUUUCUGCGGCGAGAACUGAUGGCCGCCUCAAUAUUGCUGCCAUGGGAUUCAAGGAAAUACCCGAAGAAGUUAUGAAUAUGUAUAGUCUCGAGUCCGUUGGCACGAAAGACGGAACUUGGGCAGAGUCGGUCGAUUUGACUCGAUUUGUUGCUGCGGACAACGAGCUUGAAUUGAUUUGUGACGACGUCUUUCCUGAUGUUGAUCCACGGGAAGCUGGGGGUGAUGAGGAUGCCAAAGGCAAUCAGUUCGGAGGUUUGGAGACACUUGACUUACACGGUAAUGUCUUGAUUCAACUUCCGAUAGGUUUGAGAAGACUUGAGCUCCUGACGGCCCUGAAUAUUUCAAACAAUAAACUUCCCAAUGAUUGCUUUUCAGUACUAUCUCAAAUAAAGUCGUUGCGGGAUCUAAAGAUCGGAGGCAAUCUUUUGGCUGGUCCACUCGAUGCAAGCAUCACCAAUCUGCAGAACCUCGAGGCUUUAGAUCUGCAACGCAACUCUAUAACCUCUUUACCAGAGGGGUUCUCUGAACUUCGGCAGCUACGGGUGCUCAACAUUAACGAGAAUCGUUUCACUUCGCUGCCAUUCCAGACUUUACGCCGCCUUCCGCUUAUCGAACUCUCGGCUGCUAAGAAUAACCUUACUGGUACCCUCGUUACUGCGGAUGUUGAAGAGCUCCCUAAGUUACAAAUUUUGGACGUUACUAGUAACGCUCUUGCAAGUCUGGACCUUUCAGGAGUUCUCAGCCUUCCAUCUCUUCAUCAAUUGAGUUGCUCAUCGAAUCGACUGACUGGUCUUCCGGAUAUGGCAUCCUGGGUAUCCCUUCUGACACUCGCCGCUGAGGACAAUAACAUCGAAUCUAUUCCUGAUGGUUUCGUCACCUUGCCAAAGGUUAAGAAUGUUAACUUUAAUGGCAAUAACCUAAGAGUUUUGGAUGAUCGGAUCGGCGGCAUGGAAAGCUUGGAUAUUCUCCGGAUAGGCGGCAAUCCAUUGCGAGAUAAAAAAUUCUCUGGCAUGACGACUGAAGAUUUGAAGCGGGCCCUCAAGGCACGGAUGGCACCCCCUGAGCCCGAACCUGACAAGGAGGUGGAUGCUGAUGGUGCAUUCUAUUCUGCACCAGUAUCUCCAAUUUCUCCGCGCUCGGCAUCAUCAGAAUGGCCAGUCAAACCUGGUGGAGUUCUGGAUCGAUCAAACACACAGUCUCAUUCUCUCAACCCUGUUGUAGCUGCAGACAUUGCUGCGAAUCAUCCAAUUAAGGUCUUGGAGCUCCACCACAACCUGUUCAAGGAGAUACCAAGUUCUGUUGCUUUCUUCGCAGCUACGUUGACAACUUUGAGUCUAGCACACAAUGAGCUCACCAGCGACACAUUCUUGAAUGACGAUCUCGAAAUGCCAGCGUUGAAAGAGUUGAACCUCAGUUCUAACACAUUCAAUUCCGUCCAACCAUUGAUACAACAUCUCAAAGCGCCACUGUUAGAAAGACUCGAUAUCAGCUUUAACCGACUAAACUCAUUACCCCCGUUGAAGCGGUAUUUUCCAAGCUUGAUUACUCUCCUGGCUUCGAACAAUACAAUCAGGGAAUUAUCUCCUGAGUCGGUCAAAGGCUUGAGGGUACUUGAUUGUAGCAGCAACGACAUCAACAGUCUUAAUUCACGGAUUGGUUUGCUCGGCGGACCGGGUGGUCUUGAGAUGCUGGACGUUAAGGGCAACAGAUUCCGAGUCCCAAAGUAUACGAUUUUAGAGAAGGGAACGGAAGCUACUCUUUCAUGGUUGAGAGACAGGAUACCCGCUGGCGAAACGAGUCCCACAGAUGUUGAUUAGGGGUUUAAUUACAGAUAAUGUAGAUAUGUGGCUGGUCUUGGCGUUGAGAGGUUGGAAGGCUGGAAGCAGUGGAAGCGGUUGAUCCUUUUGGAGGUAAUUGGUCCUGUAUCCCUAAUCACUGCUGCCUACAAGGGCUGUAGCAUAUACAUAAUAGUAAUGUCGUUCUUUUGGGU